AUGCCGACGAGCAACGAGGACUGGCCCGAGGCGUUUGGCUUCCAGAUCGGCGGCCGCGGCCCCUGCUACAUCCUCGCCGUGGAGGAGGGCAGCAGCGCCCACGCGGCCGGGCUGCAGCCCGGGGACCAGCUGCUGGAGCCGGGGCCGAGCGCCGAGGCCGUGCGCCAGGACAGGAGGCGGAAGGCGCGCGAGUUCAGCGAGAAGGUGGAUGAAAUCCUUGGAGACCAGCCAGAGGUAAAGGAGAAGGUUUUCACCGUCCUGAAGCAGUACGCAGCAGAGAGGAAGGUAGAAUACUUGGCUUAUGCCCUCUGCAUGGUUCUCACCCAAGAGUCCCACCAGCUUCUUAUUGACAAUAUCAGAACCGUGCGGGUUUACAAAGGCAACAGGAGCUUCGGCUUCACGCUGCGCGGACAUGCCCCGGUGUGGAUCGAGUCCGUGCUGCCAGGAAGCCCAGCUGAGAAGGCAGCUCUCAAACCUGGAGAUCGAAUCUUGUUUCUCAAUGGUCUGGAUAUGAGGAGCUGCUCCCACGACAAGGUGGUGUCGAUGCUGCAGGGCAGCGGGGCGAUGCCCACCUUGGUGGUGGAGGAAGGGAUCGUCAACUUCUCCAACGACUCUGACUCUGCCGAUUCCCCGAGCGCCUCCUCCGCCCUCACCUCCCUGCAGUGGGUUGCAGAGAUACUUCCCUCUAGCAUCAAGAUUCAAGGAAGGACCUUCAACCAGCAGCUGGAACAUCUGCUCACCCCACCUGAGCGCUAUACCAUCUGCAAAGCGCUCGAAGGCUUCUUCCAACAUCGGAAUAUUGACACUCUUAUUGUGGAUGUGUACCCGGUGCUGGACACACCAGCCAAGCAAGUGAUCUGGCAGUUUAUCUACCAGCUGCUGACCUAUGAAGAGCAGGAGCACUGCCAGCAAAAGAUUGCCAGGUUUCUGGGUUACAAGUCCUUGGCAGUCUGCGCUCGGCCUCUCCUCUCACCUCCCCGAGCACACGCUGCAUCCAGGUCCCAGCACCGCUGCGCCGGCUCCGCGUGCGCGGGGCGGCCGGGCUCCGCGCGUCCCUCCUUCGGGACACUGGGGUGCUCUGAUCCCACCAAGCGACGUCAGAGCGACACGGUGGAGGUGCCGGUGCGGCUGAUCCCUGCGGAGCGACAAGCGGGGGACGGCACGUCCCUCCCCGAGACGCCCAACCCCAAAAUGAUGUCGGCUGUCUAUGCAGAGUUAGAGAACCGCCUGAUCGGCAGCUUUGCGGGGAAGAUGAGCAACGCUGCCCUGCGCAGAGCUGCUCCUCCUGCCCCGGACCAGCCGCGGGCUGCAGGUACCACCCGCUUCCCCGCUGCUUCUGCGAGAAACAGCUUUCUUAUUCACUUCUUUUUGCUGAUACAACGGAAGGUGAUGCUGGGCAGGCGGGCUGAGGACAAGAUGUCUUUCCUUGGCUCGUCCCUGUCCCCGGCUCUCACCCGGGACAGCGCGGGGCUCUCGCAGCCCGUGGUGGGAGAGCUCCGGGAAGCCGCCCCCGCGGUGCCCCCAGGCAGCGAGGAGCCCACUCGGCUCCGCUCUGGGCCGCCGCGCAGCCGCGACACGGAUCGCUUCCUGGACGCCCUCAGCGAGCAGCUGGGCCACAGGGUCACCAUCGUGGACGACUUCCUCACCCCCGAGAACGACUACGAGGAGAUGAGCUUCCACGACGACCAGGGCAGCUACGUGACCAACGACGCGAGCAGCACGAGCGAGUACAUCAGCAGCAGCGACGAGGGCAGCUCGCUGACAUACUCCACGCUCUCGGACCACAUCCCGCCGCCGCCGCCGCCCUGGGCGCCGCCCCUGCACCGCGGGCUGCUGCACCGCAGGGCCGACGCCAACCACAUGAGCGUCAAGAGGCUGCGCUGGGAGCAGGUGGAGAACUCGGAAGGGACCAUCUGGGGACAGCUUGGAGAAGACUCGGAUUAUGACAAGCUGAGUGACAUGGUCAAAUACCUGGACCUGGAGCUGCACUUUGGAACGCAGAAGCCCACAAAACCAACUCUCAUGCCUGAAUCCUUUAAAAAGAAAGACGUGGUUGAAAUUUUGUCCCACAAAAAGGCCUACAACACAUCCAUCCUGAUCGCCCACCUCAAGCUGUCGCACGUGGAGCUGCGCCAGAUCCUCAUGACCAUGGAGCCGGACCGCCUGGAGCCUUCCCACAUCAAGCAGCUCUUGCUCUACGCCCCUGACGGCGAAGAGGUCCAGCAGUACCAGAACUACAAGGACAACCCCAGCAAGCUGAGCGAGCCGGACCAGUUUGUGUUGCAGAUGUUAUCGGUACCAGAAUACAAGAUCCGUCUGCGCAGUCUACAUUUCAAGAGCACUCUGCAGGAGAAGACAGAGGAGAUCAAAGCCAGCUACGAGUGCAUCUGCAAGGCCUCUCUGGAGCUGAAAAGCAGCAAGAAGCUGGCGAAAAUCCUGGAGUUUGUGCUGGCGAUGGGAAACUACCUGAACAACGGGCAGCCCAAGACUGGCAAAACAACAGGCUUCAAAAUCAACUUUCUCACCGAGGUAGGGAGGUGA